CACUGCAGUAUCAUCGUGGUGAAAUGAUGGACAAAGUGUUAUACGAGUGGUUCAGCUUGAAAAGAUCAGAAGGAGUCACAAUUACAGGCCCAAUGCUAAGAGAAAGGGCGUGAUUUAGCUAAGAAGAUGGGCGAGGAAGGGGCAUGCCAGUUCUCUGAUGGCUGGCUCCACAGGUUCAAGGUUCGUCACGGCAUAAGGAAGCUGGACAUCUCGGGAGAAUCAAAAUCUGCCAACUUACCCUCGGCUGAAGAGUUCGUCAACAGGUUUGUGAAGAUAGUUGAGGAGCAUAACCUGAUGUCUGAGCAGAUUUACAACGCUGAUGAGACUGGCCUGUUCUACCGCUGUCUGCCAAGAACCACACUUGCAAGCGAGUCGGAGGGAGACGGGAAGGGAUUCAAACAGAGCAAGGACAGGCUGACAGUUCUGUGCUGUGCUGAUGAUGAUGAUGAUAAUAAUGAGCCUAAAGUAACUUGGGAACAGGCUGCGAAACACAUAGCUGGCUUUGUCAGGUUUGCUGAGCAGUGCACAUACAUGUCAACCCGAGAUGUUAUGACCCUUCACUGCAUUGAGAAUGAGUUUUUGCUGCAAAGAAGGAGCUGCAAACAAGGAGACAUUAGAAACUAUUUUGAAGUAACUUGUAAGGAAAAAGAAGUGGGGCAAACAAGUACAGAAUCUGAUGAUGAUGAUGACCCGGAGGGUGUUGAAUGA